CUCCGAGCUCUCUGCAGCUGCACAAUAACAAAGUCACCGAUACCGGCCCGGGGUCCCAGCUAUGCUUUUCAGACGGAGAGCCAGGAUGUUGCGGUGGCUGGUUUGUGGUCGGGUGGGCCCAGUCUGGAUGUGGAAAGCGCUGCUGGUCUUCGUUGCCAUUGGGUUUGCUGGCCAGCUGUUUGGGGUCAUCUUCAACAAGAGCAGUGUCCAGCCAGCUGGUCGCUCCAUCUUCUCAUCCCCUGAUGCUCAGGGGCCCUCUCUGGGCUCCUGCCAGCCCCACACCCACAUCAUGUUCCUGAAGACCCACAAGACGGCCAGCAGCACCGUGCUCAACAUGCUGUACCGCUUUGGGGAGGAGCGUGACCUCCGCUUCGCCCUGCCGCUGGGCUACCAGCUGGGCUACCCACUGCCCUUCAACGCCCACAGGGUCAAAGGUUACAGAGGUCCCAGAGCAGUGGAGUUCCACAUCAUGGGCAACCACAUGCGAUUUCAUAAGCCUGAGGUGGAGAAGGUGAUGCCUGCGGACACGUUCUAUUUCUCCAUCAUCAGGGACCCGGUCGCUCUGGCCGAGUCCUCCUUUGCCUACUAUAAAGAAGUAGCACCUGCCUUUCGGAAAGCCAAAACCCUGGGCGACUUUGCUGACGACCCCAGGAAAUACUAUGACCCUCGCCUGCGCAACAACCAUUACGCCCGCAACCUAUUGUUGUUUGACUUCGGCAUGGACCACAAUGCCAAUUUCUCCUUGGCCCUGGCUCAGCGCGCUGAGGCCAUGAUCCGCCGGACCUUCAACCUAAUUCUAGUGUCUGAGUACUUUGAUCAGUCCAUGAUCCUGCUGAGACACGCCCUCUGCUGGCCACUGGAUGCUGUUGUGUCAUUUAGCCUCAACGCUCGGCAGCAGAAGCCCAGCAACGUUGGGGGGUUGAGUGGUAGCUGGGUGGGCAAAGCGGCGGCGGCGGCAGGUGUCGGCAGUAGAGUGGCACGCACACAAGCCAAGGCACCAACUAACGUGACGGAGGAACAACGAGAGAAGCUGCGACAGUGGAAUGCCUUAGACUGGCACUUAUAUAAAACCUUCAACCGGACCUUCUGGGAGGAAAUCGACAGGUUCGGAUACACCCAGAUGGAGGAGGAGGUAGCUCUUCUCAGGACACGGCGGGAAGAUCUAGCCCGGGUUUGUCUCAGGGAUGGCGGGAAGCCUGUGGAGGCGCACCGGAUCCGAGACAAAAACAUCCGGCCGUACCAGAGUGGAUUGGUGAAGAUUCUUGGCUAUGAGCUCCAGGUGGGGCUGGACAACGCCACCCGGACGGCCUGUCUGAGGAUGAUCAGGCCUGAGAUCCAGUACAAAGAUGUGCUGGAUGCUAAACAGUUCCCACGGGCUGCGGCGGCCCCGGCCCAGCCAGGGCAACAGAACCUGGGCCCAAUGGCAGCAGCCGGGGGCUCUCUUUUAAGACAAGGUUCGUCCAGGACAGGAGAGAGGUCUGUGGGGGGAGAGGCAGGGGGGAGGACAGUGGAGAGAGACUGGGAUGGAAGCCGCUUAUUGAGGAGGAACCAGACUUUGUUACGAGGACAAGAUAAACCAAGGUUGAGAUAGUUCGAGGUGAGUGUUGCUCCUGAUUACGGUACCUUUGGUCUUUGAAAAGAUGGACUAAUGAAACUGAAAACUGAGCCAAGUGUGGUCUCCACAUGAGAAAACAAAAAGCUCCUCCUUUGCACUUCCACUUUUUGGUUGUUUGCUUGUUUUCUUAAAAACUGUCUUUGCUUUUAGUUGGUGUGAUUCUCGUGGACUUGACCCUUGACCUCUGAGCUCCUGGGAUGCUCUCAUGGCUGCAGUAAAAGGUCAAAGGAGCGUUGUAUGUUAUGUCUCAAAAGAAAGUGAAAGGAUCGCUUUGGUUUUUAUGAGGAGAAACAAAACACUCAGAGUGUUGGCAGGUACUUUCUUCUUUGUUGUUAAUUUAUAGACACUCAGAAGCCGGUUUUACUCCCUGCUCAUAUUGAUACUUUUAAGAGUACAAUAGUUUUCACAUUGUCCUUGGUGCACAUGCUUGAAACUUCUUAAUAUAAAGGUACACUCUUAUGUAGUAUUAUUACAUUGAGUCACUGAGCUAAGCACUUGUUUCUUUAAAUGAUAAACACCUGGCAGCCAUCCAGAAAUAUUUCCCCAGAAUCCUUAAAGACUGCUUUUGUAAUCUGGCUGAAGAAAUAUUACACAGUAAAAAUAAUUACUGGCCUGUUUCUAAAGUUGUAAUUGUAUUUAUUAAUCAAAACAAGAAAUGGAAGCUGGAAACAUCAUAUUUAUAAGGUUGGGCUGGUGAAACAUUUUCAAACCGGUCUAAUAUUGAGCUGAUCACUCAACUAUUAUACCAAAUUGUACCAGUAGGUGUCUUUCUUAACUAAGAGACCAAUCUGGAACAUAAUGACACCGCGUCCGAACAGCGAGCUAGUGUUCGACUAUUGCAUAGCAUCGCGUAACUUCGGAGCGCUCUGCUCACAUUGAAGUUGUUAAAUUUUCACUUGAGUUGCAUCAUGUAAACAAACCUGGUGCCUAUCAGCUGUGCGCUUGAGAUCAGACAGGACAUGUAAGCACUUAAAAGAUGAGUGAGUACUUGCUAUCUUCCUACGUUUAUACUUUUUAUACAGAAAACAAGUUUUAUAUUGUGAUAAAUACUGGAAAUGAAACACAAAAUAGCCAACAGCUAUCACGCUGUUAUUAGCGAUGGUCAAAAACAGGAAACUUUAGCUUCUGGUGAUCUCCCUUCAGCUAGCAGCCACCUUAAUUUGGUAGUUCCUUAUUUCAGCAUCAUGAAUCAGCCGUUCUUCGCCCGUUGCGGCGCUUUCAAAGUCAGCGUCAGGUAUACAUAGAAACAGAGCGUCUAAUAAAAGUUCAGCUUAAAACUGCUUACCGCAUUGCUCAUGGCAAGUAAGAACACCUCUUUCUUUAGCUUCAAAUGCAAAGGGUUGUCAUAUUGCUGCAGUUUUAGUUUUCUUAAGAGACUAACUCUGCCACGUCUCAUCUCGUCACACCAAAAAACACAUGAACUUUUACGUGCCCCCCUGUCCCCUCUCCUACCGCCACUGAAAUUUGAUUUCCUAUGUUAUGUUCUUUAAGUUGAAAUGUUGCUUAUCACUAACUCAAUUCAAGUUAGAUUUAGUGCUGUGACGCCGUCAGUACAGGUUGCUGAUGUAGGCUUCUUUUUAAUUUACCAGCACGUGUCAGAAUGAGAAAUGCUGGUUCAGACAGUUUGAAUCAAAUAAAAGCAGUUUAAGCUCAUACACCAGACCACACCGGCAAAACCAAAAAUCGACCCAACUUUAUAUAUUUCCCAGCUUAAUUUAUAAAAAAAAAAUAUUUAAAUUGCCAGUCAUACUUGUCUAAAUUGAUGUUCCUAUAAAUUAUUUUAUAUGUUCAUACAAACUAUUGCUUUUUUAUUGUAUAUAAUAUACAAAAGAGCAAGGAGACGUGUUUUCUCUCCACCUAAAAGAUGGAAACAAUUGCAACUUGGAAAAUGGGUAAAAAUGAUUUUAAUAAUGCAGUGGAUGGAAAUCUUUGUGACAAUUUUAAGUGCUGUUAAUCACCUUCUGGCUUUUUCACACAUUACUGGGUAUUUUUCAGAAACUUGCAUGCUUAGCUCUGUGACUCUAAAUCAAUGGUAAUAUACGAGAGGCCCAAGCUAGGGUUAGAAUUGUAUACAACAUUCAUUUUCCAUUGCUGACACGGAUGGUAGAGUCAGUACAGGCGGGUGCUUGUUAUGGAAAAAAGAGCUUGGAUAACCGCUAUUUCUUUCUUGGAAAGACUCAGCUCAGACUCAGUCAGUAUCGCGCCCUGUCCAGAACCACUAACCUGAACUGCUUCUUAAAUAUCUCUUAAUAAUACAAGAGGGGAAAAUGAUCCGAGGCCGCGCUCCUGUUCCCAAAUGCGUCACACUCACCAGCCUGCAGGAGGCUGGGUAAUGUCAGUGUUUGGGCACAUUCCUUCCAUCCUUCCACUAUCUGCUUAAGUAUCCAUCUGUCUGACACAUGCGCAGACUGUACCAAUGAGACCCAUUUCUUUGUCAUGAUGUAAGGUAUUAGAAAUGAAAUUCACAUCAGGGUGGGCCAAAAUAAAUCUUAAAGCAGCUGCAUAUUAAAGAUGCACUUCUUUAUACUGCACACUAAUCUCCCCCAAAAAUCUCCCCAGAUAAACUUUGUACAAUGAGUCAGUAGGGUUUUUCAGGAGUUUUUGGUUACACACUACAGUUUCAACACUAACACAUUUUCCAAAAGAACAUCAGUGCAGCCCCCCCACCCACAAAAGGAUCAACCAAACAGGUCUUAAGCAAUAUACCUGAAAGCUUUGAAACCUGGAGCGACAUCACUUUCCUUGUCCUGCCCUCAGAUGCGUUGAGAUGAGAUUUAAACUGUUGAACUCGGAGCAAAUUAGUGUGAUUUUUUUUUUUUCAAAAA